AUGAUGGCAUUCAAGGUGUUUGACUGUAAUAACAAAGGCUACAUUGAGACGAAAGAGUUGAGAAGAGCUUUCAUGUGUGAAAACAGGGUUUUGCCUUCACAAAUGAACGGACGGACGGGGACAACUCUUAAAACUCUUGUGGGUAAAGGCUCUCCUUGGGGGCACUCGCUGGCUGCGGGGAGGUAACCGGAAUCUAUUACGGUUGCUGACUAUCCUUGAGAGAAUGACUAACGACAACAGGGUUGGCUCCAACGUAGAUUUAUUCUGCAAGCUCGACUACAAUUUUGACCAGAACGGACCUGGCCAGGGCGGGUUCGACCCCGUUCUCUUCCUCACUUUCUCACCCAACUCCUAAGCUUUACAGAACAGUCCUAUUUAAACCUAACGUACAUGGAUAACGUAAUGUCAUGAAUAAUCUAAAGGAUCAUGUAAUCUACUAAACUAUUGGCUAAGUAGGAAUUUCGCCUUUUGCAACAUUAAUUACUUUCAAAGAGUUCCGGUGGAUAACAGUUACACAAAAGACAUAACAGGUGGCUGUUACAGUUUAACACUAAUAACAACUGUUUACGGUGACUAAAGGAGAACUGGUAGCAUUUACGCUUUGCUGAUCUAAGCUUUCUACGUUGAAUAUUGUAUUUUUGAAGCGCAAGCAUGAAAGAACUCGAUAACUAAAAAUCACUAAAAAUCCUAUCGUUACACAUGAGACUAAAAGGAAUUACUAAACAAGAACUUGAGGAACUUCUGGCGACUGCAAAUCUUGAAAAAGAUAGGCACAUAUACUUUGAAGGUACGAUGUGCCAGCUUAGCUUUUGAUUGUUUUUGAUUGUUGAAACGUAAAGUCAGAUAAAUACUCGUAACAUGAUAUAUAUGAUACUAGACGUCUAACAAUCAAAAACAGCGACGACUUUAAAAUCUUAAGUAUACUUGUUUCCUAAAAAAUUUUAAAAAUUCAUUGGAAUGCUCUAUGUCUCAGGAAGUUUUGAUCAUUCAUUUUCAAACAAUCAUUUCUCUUUCCAUCACGUCUUUAAAAGUCUUCCGAAUUCUCCGAAUAUUCCGGUAUUAUUUUUACAUUCAUGGGAACACCCUCAACAAUACUUUUGGAAGUCAUUCAGACGUUUUAGAGCUUUGGAAAUUUUGAGAGGGAAAUCUAAUUAAAUGACUUUGAAAAGGCUUGAAGUUUUGAAGAAUAUCAUCAUACCUAAACGUCCUAUCAACAACACGCGAGGUGUUUGAAAAAUUACUUCUGGUAGUCCACAUACAGAGUCUUAAAAAACAUUGAAGGGAUCGCCUUUAUACUAAGGCAUAUGUGGACAAAAUGAUCUCUCAUCUUGAUCGUAAGUCAUAAUGAAGCAUAAAAAAAUUAUUAAACACAAAAAUUUAUCCUCUCCUUUCUAGUCCCCGAGAACUGCCCAAUUCCAUUAUCCUUUCACCCGAUUGCCUUUCUUUUCCUUUUCAGAAUUUUCAAGGCUGUUAGUACCACUAAUCAACAGAGACCUGGACACAAUUUGCUUGUAUUAA